AUGCCUCGUCGAUUUAGCAGUAACUCUUCCAACGACACCUCCUCCAACCCGCCGUCCUUUUCACCUUCCCCGGGAAAGGGCGGUAUCUCCAUCAAGGCGCCAACAGUCAAGUCCAAUCGUCUGUCUCAGCUAUUUUCCGGCUCGCCUAAAUCAAAAGUCGAAACUGUACAGCCUGGGAAUUCCCAACCUAACACUUCUCCGCCGAUAAGUUCGGCAUCACUGUCCUUACCGACGAUAUCUUUAUCAACGGCCACUGCAGAUAAUACCAAUAUGGACGAGCUGCCUACAACUCUCUUCCAGCCUCCGACCCCGGAGGAGGCCCGUCGGCAGGCCAAGCAAAAUGCUCAAUUUGGUCAGAUUGGUCAUCCUAGCCAUCGGUAUUCCAGUCGACACCCUGGUGGUGUCUUCCCGGAACCGGUAAUGGACGAGCCACCGUAUUAUUACCUGCUCACCACUUACAUCAGUUACCUAAUCCUAAUUGCUUUCGGGCAUGUUCGUGAUUUCUUUGGCAAGCGCUUCCGCGAAUCAAACUACCGCCAUCUCAAGCCCCGCCACGGCUACGGUGCUCUCAACAGCGAUUUCGACAACUUCUACGUCCGUCGUCUGAAGCUCCGUAUCAACGACUGCUUCGAGCGCCCCGUGACCGGUGUUCCUGGUCGAACCAUUACCUUGAUCGAUCGUGCCACCGAUGACCACAACCAGCACUUCUAUCUGACCGGUACCACCACCGACACUCUGAAUCUGAGCUCUUACAACUAUCUCGGUUUCGCCCAGUCCGAUGGCCCAUGUGCGGACCAGGCGGAGGAGUCCAUCAAGAAAUACGGAAUCACAGCACCCAGUACACGAGCUGAGUCUGGUACCCAGGAUCUGCACAUUGAAGUCGAGGAACUGGUUGCCAGAUUUGUGGGCAAGGAAGCGUCCAUGGUGUUCUCCAUGGGCUUCGGUACCAACGCAACUAUUUUCCCCGCCCUCGUCUCGAAGGGAUGCCUCCUGAUCUCCGAUGAGCUGAACCACGCCUCGAUCCGUUUCGGUGCUCGUCUUUCCGGUGCCUCCAUCGCCAUGUUCAAGCACAAUGACAUGAAGGACUUGGAAUUGAGACUCCGUGAGGCCAUUUCCCAAGGCCAACCUCGCACUCACCGCCCGUGGAAGAAGAUCCUGGUCGUGGUGGAGGGUCUGUACUCUAUGGAAGGUUCCAUGUGCAACCUCCCUGGUCUGGUACAAUUGAAGCGUCGAUACAAGUUCAACCUGUUUGUCGAUGAGGCCCACUCCAUCGGAGCAAUCGGCCCCAAGGGCCGCGGUGUGUGCGAUUACUUCAGCAUCGAUACCUCCGAGGUGGAUAUUCUGAUGGGUACUCUUACAAAGUCGUUCGGUGCCAAUGGUGGCUAUAUUGCAGCAGAUAAGGUGAUGAUCGAUCAGCUCCGCGCCACCAACCCCGGUGUCUUUUACGGAGAGUCUCCCGCACCCGCUAUCCUUACUCAGAUCUCUGCUGCUCUGCGCAUCAUCAAUGGUGAGCUUGUUCCCGGCCAGGGUGAGGAGCGUCUGCAGCGAUUGGCUUUCAACUCGCGAUACCUUCGCCUCGGCUUGAAGCGUCUGGGCUUUAUCGUGUAUGGCCACGACGAUUCACCAAUCGUUCCUGUUCUGCUUUUCAACCCCGCCAAGAUGCCUGCCUUUUCCCACGAGAUGCUGCGUCGCAAGAUCUCUGUUGUUGUCGUCGGUUACCCAGCUACUCCGCUGGUUUCGUCUCGCGCCCGUUUCUGUGUCUCUGCUGCCCACACCAAGGAGGAUCUUGACCGCGUCUUGACCGCCUGUGACGAGAUUGGCAACGUGCUGCAGUUGAAGUUCUCUACUGGUAUCGCAGGCGGUGCGCUGCCUCUUUCCGAACAGCAGACUCCUUCCCCGGAGCUAGAGAAGGAGUGGCAACAAAAGCGCUCGGAGAAAAUCACCCCUCCUCGUUGGCGCAUCGAAGAUGUCAUUCGCCGCGGAGUUCAGGAUGUCAAGUCUCCCCUGUUUUAA